AUGCGCCUCGACCCACAAAUAACAGGAGGAAGCAAUAUUAACGUUUCAAUCACAAGUGAUGGGCUUGAUAGAAGCUAUCUACUAUCGUUUCCAUCUGAUUAUCACCCACAGGUUUCGGCACCUGCUAUAUUCUCCUAUCACGGUGGAGAACGGACGGCCGAAUCUCAACUGGAGCUUGAUCAGCUCACCAAUCCUGAGUUUAAUACCAAGGCAUUUGUUGUUUACCCUCAGGGAAUUGAUCGACAGAAUACAUGGCAAGGCGUGCCAGGGGUUACAACCAACGAUAUCAAGUUCACCAGUGAUAUCCUGGACGAUAUCAGUUCCCGCUAUUUGAUCGAUCUAAAUCGUGUUUACGCAACUGGAAAGUCAGACGGUGGUGGUCUUUGUAACCUCCUUGCGUGCGAUGCCGCAAUGUCUGUUCGGAUUGCGGCUUUUGCACCCGUCUCCGGAGCAUACUAUGUGGACACAUUACCCUGCAUGGCCUCAACGGUGGUCAAUCCUUGUCAGGCAGGUCGGGCGGAUAUCCCGUUUUUGGCCUUCCAUGGUGGAAAUGACACGGUGAUUUCAUUCUGGGGUGGCGAACGGAAAAAUGCAUGUCUACCAACUAUCCCACAUUUCAUUCAAGAAUGGGCGGCACGAGACAUGUUGAGCGUCCGAAACAGAACAUCCUCGGUUUCAAGCAACACCUCGUGGUAUUCAUAUGGCCCCCGUGGACUGGUUGGAUUGAUCUUUGAUGCGGUAAUCGGUCACGACUGGCCCAGCACAGUGCCUAAUGCGGAUAACCAGGAAGCUGGUCACCAUGUUGCUAGCUUCAACGCCACACCAAUCAUUUUGGAUUUCUUUAACCGCUAUAGUUUGGCUUUGUGA